AUGGUGAAGGAGACGGAGUACUACGAUGUCCUGGGGGUUAGUCCUACGGCCACCGAGGCAGAGAUCAAGAAAGCUUAUUACAUCAAGGGAACUGACAUCGAGUAUAGCACUAAAAUGCUGGACUGGAGCGGUCGUUCGCAUCGCGUCGUUGCUAAUCAAGAACAUGCAUACGAUAAAGUCAUCCUUGUUUAUGGGAGGGUAUGUUUGGAACACCUUUUUUGCGAUUUAACAUGCAUAUGGACUUGGAAUUUAGAAUUGGACAACAAGGGAGGGGAACUGGGAGAUGGCCGGCUGGGGAAACAUUUUGGAAUGGAGAUCCUGGCCGAGGCAGUUGAAGAGGAUGAGAGUCCAUUGGCUUUUGGUAAUGACCCUCCAGAUGGGAUUUGGAACUCCCAUCUAUAG